CGCUUUGUUGAGAAACCAAUCCGUAAGAGAAAUCAGGGGGUGGAGCUAAGCAAGAUAAAAAUACGAUAAAGCCCAGAACUUGAAAGUGGUUGGCAAAAGAGUUUCUGGGAUGAUGGAGGAGCCUUUCACAGAGGGAGAUUUCUAUGCUGAGAAUUUUGUUCCCAAAGAUUAUCUGGAAACCUAUUAUAAAGUUAACCUUGAUGAGGAUGAUCAGAUUGUAACCUUUUUCCUGAGAGGAGCCCACAGGGCAUUCACCACAGAUGGCAUCAAAGGAGACACUCUGAUCGAUAUUGGCACUGGCCCAACCAUCCACCAGUUCCUCUCCGCCUGUGAGUCCUUCCGGGAGAUCAUAGCCUCCGAUUACACUGACCAGAACCGGGAAGAGGUGCAGCGAUGGCUGAAGAAGGAGCCGGGGGCUUUUGACUGGACCCCCUUCGUGAAAUACGUCUGUGACUUGGAGGGAGACAGGGACAAAUGGCCAGAGAAGGAAGAGAAAGUCCGAAGAGCCGUCAAGCGGUACCUGAAAUGCGACGUGACCCAACCCAACCCUUUGGCCCCCUUGGUUCUUCCUCCCGCAGAUUGUCUGCUCUCCACUCUGUGCCUUGAUGCAGCUUGCAAGGACAUCCCCACCUACCGAUCGGCCUUCAGGAACAUCAGUUCCCUCCUGAAGCCAGGCGGGCACCUCCUGUUUUACACAACGCUUGAGGAGCGUUACUACAUGAUUGGCCAACGCAAGUUCUCUGCCCUCUACUUGGAGAAGGAGGUGGUAGAAGAGGCAGUGAGAGAGGCUGGUUUUGCCAUUAGGUGGAUUGAGGAGAUCAAAAUGAAGAUCCCCCUUUCUAUAGCUGAUGGGAAGAAGCUGUGCAUCCUUCUUGCCCAGAAAUGUAGCCCAUGAAAAUUUGACAGCUGUCAGUGUAACAUCCAAAGGUUUCCCUAACCAUUGUAAUGAAUCUGUUAUACAAGUUAGGGGAAGCACAGACCACCUGGCUUCCGUCCUCUUUUCCAUGCCUUUCCUGGUAAACAUCUAGCAAAGGGCUCUGUGUGUAAUAAAGUAACACUUGUCUCUC